AAUGCCCUACACAUGUCGCUGCUGUUUCUUUUCUCCACAGCCCCAACAUCACUCCACAGCAGCGAGUUCUUCACGCCAGUUCCGGCUCCCAGACAUCGGGUUCACGUCCCCUGCUACUUGUUCCGCUAAGUGUGCGACUAGCCAAUUCUAUUUUGGUAGAAAGAGUAUGCUAGUUGGUUGUUUUGAUAAACCUUUGACCAGCAACAACUUGUAGCACUAUCCCAAUUGAUCCAUACAUAUCCUAUGAAGUUCACGAGUUUAAGUGAAACCGGGGGUUACAAUCUUCCACCAUGCAACAUCGUCAACUUAUGCGGUUUCCACAUAUUAUUUGAUUGCCCUCUCGAUCUAUCUGCCCUAACAAUCUUUUCCCCAAUAUCCACCGCUUUAUAUGAAAACCUUAACGAACAGACGUUUUCUUGUUCAUCUUCCGCUUCGCACCCGAAAACCGAGAAGCUGCUUGACAAGAAUAAUUUAAUACCUACAGAACCGUAUUACAAAACUGUUGAACGAUUGCACCUAUGGGAUGUUUCUCUGAUUGACGUUGUACUGAUAUCGAGUCCGAUGGGGAUGUUGGGUUUGCCGUUUCUUACUCGCACUGAAGGUUUUUCGGCCAAGGUGUAUGCAACCGAGGUGACUGCAAGGCUUGGUCAGUUAUUGAUGGAGGAUCUUGUUGCAAUGCAUACGGAAUAUACGCAGUUUUAUGGACCCAAGGAGACUGGUUUACUUCAAUCGCUCAAUUGGGACGAGCUUGAAGCACUUCCACCGACACUGAAAGAGGUACUUCUCGGUAAAGAUGGAACCGAGCUUGGUAGUUGGUUGUCAUUGUACAGCGCAACUGAUGUGAAGGAAUGUUUACGGAAAGUCCAGUCUCUUAAAUAUGCAGAAGAAGCUUGCUAUAAUGGCACGUUAAUCAUAAAGGCUUUGAGCUCUGGUUUAGAAAUAGGUUCAUGUAAUUGGAGUCUUAAAAGUCCAAAAAGGGACGUCUCAUAUAUUUCAAGCUCUGUAUUUUCAUCUGGAACCGCGAUGGAUUUUGAUUUCCAUGCUCUAUUAGGAAGUGAUGUACUUAUAUAUUCUGAUUUCGCUUCAUGGAAUGGAGAUACUUGUGUCGAGAGUGAGAAUAGUUCGUCCUCUAGUGUUCCCGUUGAUUGCUCAACUAAGAGUGACAAUGCACACGCGUGGGAAUUGCAGGAUUUCGAUGAGAGUUCAGAAGAAAUGGAGAAAUUGAACUUCAUAUGCUCAUGUUCAAUGAACGCCGUUAAAGCGGGUGGCUCGGUUCUCAUUCCCAUAGGCAGGCUCGGCAUCAUUUUGCAGCUUCUGGAGUUGCUUGCUUUGCACAUUGAAUCAUCCGACAUCAAGAUUCCGAUAUUUAUCGUCUCUAGUGUGGCAGAGGAACUGCUGGCAUACACUACUAUUUUACCAGAAUGGUUAUGCAAAGACCGGCAAGAGAAGCUUUACUCUGGCAACCCUGUUUUUGCUCAUGAAGAGCUCAUAAAAGAGAAGAAGAUCCACGUAUUUCCAUCGCUUCACUCACACGAAUUAUUGAUGUUGUGGCAAGAGCCAUGCAUAGUUGUUUGUCCUCAUUGGAGCUUGCGGCUUGGACCUGUUGUGCAUUUACUUCAACGCUGGCAUGCGGAUCCAAAUGCACUUUUAGUUCUCGAGGAAGGAGUUGACACUGAUCUCGCACUCUCGCCUUUUAAGCCUAUCGCAAUGAAGGUUUUGCAGUGCUCUUUUGUUUCUGGUUUAAAGUCGGAGAAAGUUCCACAAUUGCUUAAAAUGCUUCAGCCAAAACUCAUCUUGCUUCCAGAUUACACAAAACCGUACUUCAAUCCUUUAAACGAAUCAUUAUCGUGUCUAUUUUUCAAUGAAAACGAAACGCUUAGUGUGCCAAACCCAAACAAACAUCUAGAGGUGAAUAUCGCAACAGACUUAGCCUCACAAUUGACUUUAUCAAAGUUAAAGUCCGAAGAGUUGACCAUUGCAAGAUUAAAAGGCAAGCUCUUUGUGGAUCAAGCGAAACACUACAUAGUUGCCGAAAAACCGACAAUGUCUUCAAAGAUGAUGCCGUUGGUGCAUUGGGGUACGGUUGAUUUGGAAAGUCUAGUUUUGGCAUUGGAGAAGAUUGGGGUCAAAGGGUCAAUGGAAAAAGUCAAAGAUGAAGAUGAAUUUGGAUCAAAUGUGUUGCAUGUAUUUGAGCCUAACAAGGGUUUGAUACAAGUGAAAGAAACAACUACUGUUAUUAGUACUGAAGAUGAGAAUUUAGCCUCACUUAUUUCUGAUGCAGUUCAUAGUCUUUUAAAUGGUAUUUAAGGUCUAGCAUUUGGUAAUAGAUCAAAAGUUAAAAAUUUUAUGAUGUUUGGUAUGGUAGAAUGUUAAAUAUAGUUAGCUAGUUUAUAUUU